AUGCUUUCUGCAGGUUGUAAAGCCAUCACCUCCUCGGAGCGGAUGUGCACUGAGAAAGAAGCCAAUAACACAUAUAACUGUGAAAAUUUAGGUCUCACAGAAGUUCCCAACACGCUACCAAAUACAACAGAAUUUUUGGAAUUUGGUUUUAAUUUCUUGCCUACACUUGAAAAUACAACUUUCAGCAGACUCAUAGAUCUUAUCUUCUUGGACUUAACCAGGUGCCAGAUCAACUGGGUACAUGAAGACACUUUUCAAAACCAUCAUCAAUUGAACACAAUUGUGUUGACUGGAAAUCCCCUGAUAUUCAUGGCAGAAACAUCUCUUAAUGGGCCCAAGUCGCUGAAGCAUCUUUUCUUAAUCCAAACAGGAAUAUCCAAUCUUGAGUUUAUCCCAAUGCACAACCUGGAAAACUUGGAAAGCUUGCAUCUAGGAAGCAACCAUAUUUCCUCCAUUAAGUUCCCAGAAAACUUCCCAACCCAGAAUCUGAAAGUUCUGGAUUUUCAGAAUAAUGCUAUACACUACCUCUCUAGUGAAGACAUGCAUGUUCUGGAGCAGGCCACCAACCUAAGCCUUAAUUUCAAUGGCAAUGACAUUAAAGGCAUCGAGCCUGGAGCUUUCCAUUCAAACAUCUUCCAAAGUUUGAAAUUUGGAGGGACUCUUAACUUGUCUGUUGUAUUAAAAGGUCUACAGAACUCUACUACUCAGUCUCUCUGGCUGGGGUCAUAUGAAGACACUGAUGACCAAGACCUUACGUCAGCCAUGUUUGAUGGACUUUGUGAAAUAUCUGUUGAAAGCAUCAAUCUACAGAAGCACUAUAUCUCUGAUAUCUCAUCUGCCACAUUUCGGUGCUUCACUCAACUCCAGGAAUUGGAUCUGACGGCAAAUCACUUAAAUGAGUUACCCUCUGGGAUUGAGGGGAUGGAGGCUCUCAAGAAAUUAGUUCUCAAUGUAAAUCAUUUUGACCAAUUGUGUCAAAUCAAUGCUGCCAGUUUUCCAUCCCUUACAGACCUCUCCGUCAAAGGCAACAUAAGGAAACUUGACCUCGGUGCUGGGUGUUUGGAAAAACUAGAAAAUCUUCAGAAACUUGAUUUAAGCCACAGUGAUAUAGAGGCUUCUGACUGCUGCAAUCUUCAGCUCAAAAACCUGGCCCUCUUACAAUACCUAAACCUGAGCUACAAUGAGCCUCUUGGUCUCCAGAGUCAGGCGUUCAAAGAAUGUCCUCGGCUAGAAGGUCUAGAUUUGGCAUUUACCCACUUGUACAUUAAGGGUCCACAAAGUCCUUUCCAAAACCUCUAUCACCUACAGGUUCUGAAUCUUUCUCACUGUCUCCUGGAUACUAGCAAUCAGCACUUUCUAACAGGCCUGGUGGGUCUCCGCCAUCUAAAUUUACAGGGGAAUCACUUUCAAGAUAGGAGUAUCUCAAAGACCAACCUACUUCAGACCUUGAGCAGCUUGGAGAUUCUUAUUUUAUCCUCCUGUGACCUCCUCUCCAUAGACAAGCAAGCAUUCCAGAGCCUUAGCAAAUUGAGUCUUGUUGACUUAAGCUACAACAGCCUGACGGGCAAUAGCAUUGAUGCUCUGAGUCAUCUUCAGGGAAUCUACCUCAAUAUGGCCGCCAAUGACAUCCACAUCGUCCCAUCUCAUCUCCUCCCCACCUUGUCCCAGCAGAGCACCAUUAAUUUAAGUCACAAUCCCCUGGACUGCACUUGUUCGAAUAUUCAUUUUAUAACAUGGUACAAAGAAAACCUGCAGAAAUUUGAGGGCUCAGAGGACACCAAGUGUGCGACCCCCCCAUCUUUAAGAGGAGCUAAGCUGUCUGAUGUCAAACUGUCUUGUGGGAUUACGGCCAUGGGCAUUUUCUUUCUUGUAGUAUUUUUAUUCUUGGUUGCCAGUCUGCUCAUUUUUUUAGUUAAAUUCCUUCUGAGGUGGAAAUACCAACACAUUUAA